UCAUUUUCAUACUCACCAAACCGUUCAGUGAGCCCUGGUGCACGGAAGCAUCUGCAUCUGAUAUGCAUUUAUGCAAGUAAUAUUUUUAGUCAGGCCACCGCUUUCACCAUUUAUUUAGAAAAGGAAAAAAGGAUUGACACCCUCCUCAGGUCAAAUGGUAAGUAAUGUAAUAAGUGUUUCUUUUGAUGUCAAAUUUAAAGUGUAAUUUGUAUGACAUUAAUGAUGUUUACAUAAAAUAUAUGCUCUUCUUGGGAAACAGAAAAUGUAGCAUUUGAUAAAAGAUUGAUAUUUUAAUUUUAAGUUUUCAAGUUUGAGUGGUUUUAUACAUUUCCAUUUUGUCUAAAAAUGUAAAUAAAUUAAAUGUGCUUUUUUUUUAAUUAACACAACAGAAAAAGUCAAGCAGUAACCCACACACAUAUAUAAAAAGCUAUGAGUAAUGAAAGCUGUCUAAGGAGAGCAUUUGAAAGUUGAACUUGAGGAAUGAAUUCUAUAGUGUGAAAGCAUUUUGAAUUGACUUCAUUAACAUGCUACUAUAAUAAGUAUCAUAUAGGCUACUAUAUCACUUUCUUAUCUGUCCUCAGGAUCAUUAUUGAAGUUUCUGACCGCAGCAAAAGAGGAGGAUAAAGUGCCCCUUCUAAAUGCUGAUAAUGAAAACUUCAACGUCCAUUUCCAGCGGGAUAACAGCCACCCAACCUACUGCCUGUCAUGAGCAGGAAGAUACACCAACACAGGCAGCUCAGUGCUGACACUGAUAACUUCAGAGACGUGAUUCCUUUGGGACCUCCAGUCAUGAAGAUCGAAAUGGAGAGGAUGACUGCAAAGGGGGAAGAUUGCAUGAAAGAUGUCAUUCUCUACUACAGAUGAAAAAAAACGCAGCAGAGGAGAGGGGAGGGAGGGAGGACAGAGACACAUCGGCUGUAUAACAGAGAGCUUUGGUCAUAAAGCUGCCAGGGCUCAGCAGCUUCUCUCCUUCUUCUCUCUCUUGGUGAGGAUGGAGACCCUGGAAGAAGUUGAACUCUGCUUUCCACAAUUCCUCAACGCUUCCUGCAAGAAGACAAAGCAUUCUCACUUUGAGGUCAUACUGUCUUACAUUAUACUGUCCUCCAUCACUGUGCUCACCAUAACUCUAAACCUGAUAGUCAUCAUCUCCAUCUCACACUUCAAGCAGCUCCACACCCCCACCAACCUCCUCCUCUUCUCUCUGGCUGUCUCAGAUUUCUUUGUGGGCCUCCUCAUGUUCUUUCAAAUUAUGCUCAUAGAUGGCUGCUGGUUCCUCGGUGACCUUGUGUGUGUUCUGUAUUAUGUUUUGGACUAUAUUAUUACCUCUACCUCAGUAGGAACCAUGGUGCUCAUAUCUGUUGAUCGCUACAUAGCAAUUUGUGAUCCUCUGCAUUACUCCACCAGAGUCACUCAAAAAAGAAUUCAAGUCUGUGUUUCUCUGUGUUGGAUAUGCUCUAUACUCUUUCAAUGUAUGGUGCUUAAAGAUAACUUGGAAGAACCAGGCAGGUAUAUUUCCUGCUCUGGUGAGUGUGUGGUUGUUAGUAACUACAUUGCAGGAUUUGUUGAUCUGGCUUUGUCCUUUAUUGGUCCUGUCAUUGUCAUCAUUGUUCUUUAUAUAAGAGUAUUUGUGGUGGCUGUGUCUCAGGCUCGUGCCAUGCGGUCUCAUAUUGUAGCUGUCACAAUUCAGGGUUCAGUGAGUGUAACUGCUAAGAAAUCUGAAAUGAAAGCAGCCAGGACUCUCGGUGUUGUUAUCGUUGUGUUUCUAAUAUGUCUCUGCCCAUAUUACUGUGUUGCUCUUACAAACCAAGAUAACUUGCUCAAUGCUUCAUCUGAUGCAUUUGUGAUGUGUCUGUUCUAUUUUAAUUCCUGUCUGAACCCUAUAAUCUAUGCCUUUUUCUAUCCCUGGUUCAGAAAAUGUCUUAAGCUCAUUGUUACACUUCAGAUACUGCAGCCUGACUCCUGUGAGGCCAACAUACUGUAGUGAGAGAGAGAAAGAGUGUAGUGACUAAAAAUAAUUUCACUAUGACAAGAAUAUUGUACUUGGCCAUGUUGAGUCAGUGAAUAAAAAGAUAUAAGUCUGUA